AUGCUGCCCCGCGCCGGCCGGGCCGCACUGCCCCCGCUGCUCCGCUCCCUGCGCCGCGCCGCCGCCAUGAGCACCGGCAGCUUCCUCGUUUCGCAGCCGCUCAACUACCGCGGCGGCGCCCGCCUGCAGCCGGCGGACGCCUCGGGCUCCGAGACGGCGUUCGAGCCGGCCACCGGCCGCGUGAUCGCCACUUUCACCUGCUCCGGAGAGAAGGAGGUCCAUCUGGCUGUUCAGGAUGCCAAGGCCGCCUUCAAAAUAUGGAGUCAGAAGUCGGGCCUGGAGCGUGGCCGGAUCCUCUUGGAGGCCGCCAGGAUCAUCAGGGAGCGGAAGGAGGAAAUCGCCACCUUGGAGACCAUCAACAACGGCAAGUCCAUCCUGGAGGCCCGCCUGGACAUCGACACCUCCUGGCAGUGCCUGGAGUACUACGCGGGCCUGGCGGGGUCCUUGGCCGGCGAGCACAUCCAGCUCCCCGGCGGGUCCUUCGGUUACACCAGACGAGAGCCGCUGGGCGUGUGCGUGGGCAUCGGAGCCUGGAACUACCCCUUCCAGAUCGCCUCCUGGAAGUCGGCCCCCGCCUUGGCUUGUGGAAACGCCAUGGUCUUCAAGCCGUCCCCCUUCACGCCGCUGUCUGCGCUGCUGCUGGCCGAGAUCUACACGGAGGCGGGGGUGCCCCCCGGCCUCUUCAACGUGGUGCAGGGCGGCGCCGCCACCGGCCAGCUGCUGUGCGAGCACCGCGACGUGGCCAAGGUCUCCUUCACCGGGAGCGUGCCCACCGGCACCAAGAUCAUGGAGAUGUCGGCGAAAGGAAUCAAACCUGUCACCUUGGAACUCGGAGGCAAGUCUCCCCUGAUCAUCUUCGCAGACUGCCACCUGGAGAACGCGGUGAAGGGGGCGAUGAUGGCCAACUUCCUCACGCAGGGCGAGGUUUGCUGUAAUGGCACAAGAGUGUUCGUGCAAAAGGAAAUUCUUGAGAAAUUCACAAAGCACGUGGUGGAACAGACCCGGAGGAUAAAGAUUGGAGACCCCCUUCUGGAGGACACCAGGAUGGGCCCCCUCAUCAACCGGCUGCACCUGGAGCGAGUCCUCGGGUUUGUGAAAGUGGCCAAGGAGCAGGGGGCUAAGGUGCUGUGUGGGGGAGACCCGUACGUACCCGAAGACCCCAAGCUGAAGAAUGGCUUUUUCAUGAGACCUUGUGUGUUGGGUGACUGCAGGGAUGACAUGACCUGCGUGAAGGAAGAGAUCUUCGGGCCCGUUAUGUCCAUUCUGUCGUUCGACACUGAGGCGGAGGUUCUGGAACGAGCCAACAACACCUCCUUUGGACUCGCCGCCGGCGUCUUCACCAGGGACCUCCAGCGCGCUCACCGUGUGGUGGCCGAGCUGCAGGCCGGCGUGUGCUACAUCAACAACUACAAUGUCAGCCCCGUGGAGCUGCCCUUCGGCGGCUACAAGAAGUCCGGGUUUGGCAGAGAGAACGGCCGGGUGACCAUUGAGUAUUACUCACAGCUGAAGACCGUGUGUGUGGAGAUGGGCGACGUGGAGUCUGCUUUCUGA